AACAACAAAACAUAACAAAAGAAAUAUAUUUAAAAGAAAAAGUGUCCGAAAGUGAUUAACUUUUGGUCGAAAGUCAGGCUAAAUGUAAUAAAACAAAAUCUUUCUGGAGUGACGGAGUUCUGUGGCAUUUGCAUAUGCAGUUCGCUCGGUGGACGACCCUGGAACUCGGUGUCCCAAGCGUUUUAACCUGGUUUCGCUCGUAGCUGCUAUUUAAUUCAGACUUUUCCGAAUAAAGUGAGAAACGACCUACUGCCAACGAAGGACCAAAUCGUCGAAAUGUGCAGAAAUAUGCAGUGAAACCAAGAUGGUGAAGGUGGGUGAAGACGGUUCUGACCACGACAAGAAUUAAAACUCGGAGUUACGGUUGUUUAAUUGUAGAAUCACAAUGGGAGAUCGGGGACUAUUUUGAAUUUACAUGGAAGCAAUGCUCUUGAGGUUGGGACUUAGCAAAUUGAUGCACUUUUUCUGCUUAUGCACAAAAUAGUUAUUUCAAGAGUUUCAUCUUGACAAACAAAAAUUUCAAAUAUAUAAGGAUUCUUUAAACACUCUAUGGCAAUAAUAAAAACAGAGAUAUGACCGAAAGUGAACAAAAUGGGCUCAUUAAAGAUUUGUUUUUAAAGGUAUGGAUGUGCCGGAUAAAGAAACAAGUGUAAAGAAAAAUAAGGAAGAUGGAGAAUUCACACCUUCUGUUGAAAUGAUGGUUCAUGACUACGAUGAUGAGAGAACACUAGAAGAAGAAGAAGCGCUCGGACCACUCGAAGACCCACAGGUCGAACUUUCAAGCUUGCAAAAAGAAGGUGAUAUGCCACUUGAGGAUCUUAUGGCGAUGUACGGCUAUAAUGAAACCGAUGCGGCUUCUCAAUCAUCAGAAGAAAUAAAUGGUGACAGGUCUGAAACGGAAUCAACAGACAGACUGGGGCCCUCAGAAUUGGAACAGUUUUAUAACGACGUCGAAGUGGAAAGUGAAGGAAACCACACGAGAAGAAAUGUAAGGAUAAGGCUAAGCGAGGACGAAGAAGAUUUUGAAUACUAUCCCGAUGAGGAAUCAAGAAAGAGAACCAUUAUGGUUGGGAACGAUUAUCAAGCUUGGAUACCAGAAGUUAUGAAUAAAUACGAGGAGUUCCCUUAUGAGAAUGAAGACAAAUUGGUUUGGGAUCCAAACGGCUUACUUCAAAAAGACAUAGAAGCCUAUUUAAUAAAAGCCCAAGAGAAAAAUAAACGAGACGUCCCAAAGGGAAAAUACCCCAGUGAUGACGAACAAGCCCUUUUUCUACUUUUACAGUGUGGCCACAACAUCGAGGAAGCCCUGAGGAGGAGGAUAAACACUGAAAUGUUCCACGGAUCAAUCAAUCUUUCAGAAGAGGAAUGCAAACAGUUUGAAUCAGGUUUGGUACUUUAUGGGAAAAGAUUCCACCUCAUUCAACAAAACCAGGUGAGGACGCGUACGGUUCGUGAGCUCGUCGAGUUCUAUUAUUGGUGGAAGAGGACAGAAAGGUACGACAUCUACAUGAAGGCCAGGCUUGAACAGGGUAAAUUCGAACUUGACCCAACCUUCACUGAUUACAUGAUUGGUCCAAACAGAAUUGUGUCAACGCCAUCGCCAAUAGACGAGAUUCACAGGACACAUGACGACCAAGGUUUAAACGAUUCGGAUAACCAACACUCUACUGCGGAAUCCGACAUGGAUAACGAGGCAAACGGUGACAGCAAUCAUUCAUGUGAUCACCUCAACAACGGCAUGGAGAUAAUGUCGAAGAAAAAUUUUGCAUAAAUGCCUAUCAUGGAUUUGUUUCAGUUUUCCAUUAAUCUUAUUUCACUUAAAAAAAAGAAAUCACAUCCAGAAUUAAUUCCGUGUUAGUGCAUUCAGGGUGUCUAGCUGUAGCAAUUCAAACGUUACUUAUUUCAGUGAUAGUUUUGAAUGUUGGACAAAAAAAUGAAACUUAUUAUGAAAAGUUUUUCAUAUUUCCAUUAAAGAAGAUAAAAUUUCAUAUUUUAUCCUGUAUGUUAUCUUCAUUAUAAUUCAAAGGAUCGAAGGCAAGAUGAGUCAGAAAGCCAAUUCCCAUAUACUAAGAAAAGAAAAAAAGAAGAUAAAUAUGAAGGAGAAUGGCAAUGCUCAAAAUUUCAGAUAGUUCUAAAAUAUGGUCUAGCAUAUACUAAAUGAUGAAUAAAUAAAUUAUUUUCUAUUUGAAAUAAAUGUAGUAAAGGAAGCCGGCCAGAUAAUUUACAAUGAGUCUACCGUUAGUUAAUCUAAAUAAUAGGGUCCAUCAUACUUUAGAAUUUUUUUAAUGCUUAAUAAAGACAAUUAACAUACUGAAAUAUCGUUAAAAGAUAUUUUUUGUUGAUCUCCCAACAAUAAAAAGUGCCACCUUAUUAGAUAUAAUAUUUACAAGGAAUUUUCCUUUCAGAAUUUUAUUUUUAUUUUAUGGCUUACGAGGAAAAAUUUGUAAACCCUUUCAUUAUCAAAGUCUUAACUUCUGUUUCUAGGUUUUUUAAAUUUAUCCAAAAUGUUCUCAUAUGUAAUUGUUAGAAAAUUUGAAGAAAAAACAAUUAUAAAGUGUAGCUACUUUGAUACGAUAGUCUUUUCUACUAUAAAUUGUCGUGUUUUGUCUUAAACUUGUUAUAGAUCUCAUUGUGAUAAUGUUAAAUGUUGUAUAUCUGAAAAUACUUUUUUGAAUUUUAAUCAUAGGAAAGAAAACUAUAUGGUUUUUUUUUUUUAUAUAAAAAUGAAUCACUAAAAUACCCUAUAAAAAGAAAAAAUGUUGACCCCCUCCACCAAAUAUUAAAUUCAUUUAACUUAUAGAUGUCUUGAUUCGAAUUAUGCCAACGCAGGAUUAUAAUGCAUUUGGACCACUGAUGAAGGGCACAAUUAAUUUCAUACUUGCUUCCUAGAAUCAAUUAAUAUUUGUCACUAGACACCCUGGCUAUCGGUAGAAAUAAAGAAAAACUGAUCGUUUUCUUAAAGUAAUACUCUGUAUAUAAUAUUUUUGGUGUAAUUCAAUGUUUCAAAGCACAUCAAUUUUCCCUCCAGUAAUUUUUUUAACUAUUUAUUUUUUUGUGAUGUCCAUUAAGUUUAUUACACAUUUUAUAUUGUUAAUAUGAAUUAAGUACAAUUUUGUGUUUCAAAACAACACAAAAAAAUUGUAAAACACAAAUAUUUAUGUAGUUUACUUUUGAUACCUGUACAAACUAUUUAUUGAUUGCAUAUUCCCCCCUUUGGUACAAAUAAUAAAUGCAAUAUGCAAAAUAAAUGUUUGUGUGAAUGUAGUAAGUGUACACAAGUAUGUGUUAAUUUUAAGUUUUUUUCAGCAAGUUUCUAGUUGCUAACUUAUUAUAAAUUUAUAUUUUAAAAGAUGACAAAUAUAAGAUAUGUUAUUUAAAA